AUGGCCAAGAGAAAGAGUCCAGGUCCAGCAAAAUUGCCCGUGGCCCAGCUUACAAUUCUUGCAAUAUGUAGAUUCGCAGAACCAGUCGCCUUGACUUCAGUCUUUCCAUAUCUACCUGAAAUGAUUGAAAGUUUUGGAGUGGAACAAAAAGAUGUAGCAAAAUGGGCAGGUAUAGCAUCUGCUGUUUUCUCAUUAGCUCAGUGCAUGACAGCUAUCAUGUGGGGAAGGGCUUCCGAUACAUUUGGUCGUAAACCUACAAUCUUGGUGGGCUUGACAUGUACAAUGAUAUUAAAUAUCAUAUGGGGCAUGUCAGUAACUUUACCUAUGGCUAUCAUUGCUAGAGCACUGCAAGGAGCAUUUAACGGAAAUGUUGGAAUUAUCCGAACAAUGGUAGCCGAAAUGGUUCCUGAAAAAGAGUUACAACCAAGAGCAUUUUCCAUCAUGCCAUUAGUAUGGAGUCUUGGUUCUAUAUUUGGUCCAUCUUUCGGAGGAUUCUUUGCUAGACCAGCACAAAACUUUCCAGGACUUUUCGGAAAUAAUAGAUUUUUCCUCAAUUUUCCUUUUGCAUUACCAAAUAUUAUCGCCAGUUUCCUUUUCAUGAUUGGAAUCACGACUGGAUUUUUCUUCCUCAGGGAAACUCUAGAAUCCAAACGUAAUAAGAAAGACUGGGGAGUAGAAGUAGGAAAGAAAUUAGUUACUUCUUCUAAAGUGCUCUGUUGUAAACCUCGACCCAGACACCACACUCCUGGGCAUCCAGCCUAUGAUGAAUCAUCAGCAUCACUUCUCAGACCUACAUCUUCUGGUUCGGAUACCGCUGAAUCUUUUGGUGAUAACUUUGAAUCUUCCAAAUCGAAAGCUCCAGUUACCCGCCCAAGUCUUCGAGAGGUAUUCACACGUCAAUCAGUCAUUAAUCUCAUUGCCUAUACAUUUCUCGCCCUUCAUUCCGUCUCUUAUGAUCAAAUCCUUUCAGUUUUCAUGCAUCAUCCUCGUCAAAUCCACGAUCCAUCAAAUACUCAACUCCCAUUCAGAUUCUCCGGUGGUUUCGGUCUUCAUUCGGGCAGAAUCGGUACAAUUUUUACCCUCUAUGGUGUCGUGGGUGGCUUCAUUCAAUUCGUCAUUUUCCCACCCGCAGCUCGUAAAUUCGGUGUAUUGAAUUGCUUCAAAGUUUGUGCUGUAACUUUCCCCAUUAUUUGUUUCGUUACUCCAUACACAGCACUCAUCGAAUCAUCAACUUGGCAACAAAUCAUUAUUUUCGCAAUCUUGAUUGUUAAAUCUUUUGCGGUUAUCUUCGCUUUUCCUUGCUGUGUUAUUCUCCUCACAAAUUCGGCAGUUAGUCUUCGUAUCUUGGGUACAUUGAACGGCUUUGCAGUAUCUAUUUCUGCAGUUGGAAGAGCAAUUGGACCAGCCAUGUCUGGAGCUGCUUUCACUUGGGGAUUGAAAGAAGGUUAUAUUAUUACUCCUUACUUCUUGCUUGGAACAAUCGCAGCGAUUGGUGCAAUUCCAAUUUGGUAUUUAGAAGAAAUGGAAGGAUUUAGCAAGAGUGGUACAAGCGAUGAUGACAGCGAAGAAGAACCACUCCUCCCACCUGAUGAGGAAACCGCAGUUCUAGGUGAUGAUGAGAGGAUUAGAAGAGAUUCUAACGAAGAAGCACUAGAUGUUGUCGAUGGUGCACCACUUUCUAAAGCUAUAAGUAAGCGAAGACAAUCGAGCGUGAGUAAGAUUAAUAGAAUGGAAGAAAAUAUGAGUAGUCCGAUUGGAAUGAUAGGAGGAAGUGUGGGACCUGGAGGAGGAAGAAGAUUGAGUAAUGGACUUGCGGUUAGUAAUUUGGGACAGGGAACAGGAGGAACGAGUUUUACUUGA